AGCCAGAUUUUGAUUUCUUAAGCAAUGGUGGAGGUGGCGAUGACAGAGUCAAUGCCACCACUUCCAUGAGGGAUGAUGGAUUUCAAACACCAUAACAUUUUUUUUUUUUUUCGGCGGCCUUUUUUUAUGUGUCUGUUCAGAUCUACAUCUUCUUCUUUUCUUUUUUUUUUCCUUUUUAUAUUGUUGUUGUAAUUUAGUAGUAUUUUUAGUUUUAUUUAAUGAAGGUCUUGUUCUCCCACCAAGAGAUCUGGACCCUUCAUCUCCCUCGCCACUUUUUCAACUAUAAAUAGCACCACCCAGUGGCCUUUUCAAUUCAAUAUUAUCACAGCCUGACAAACACCCCUGACAAACUCCUUUCAACCUUUCUCUUUUCCAACCACCGCCACUUCCACUAACAAUGGCCGAACACCACCACCACCUCUUCCACCACCACAAGGACGAGGAGAAGCCCGUCGACGCUGUUGCCUACUCCGAGACCACCUACGGUAGCGAUGGCAUGGGCGGCUACUCCGAGAGCACAACCGUUGCAGCUGUGGCGGUUGAUUAUGAGAAAGAGGAGAAGCAGCACAAGACCCGCGAGCACCUCGGUGAGCUUGGUGCUAUUGCCGCUGGCGCUUUUGCCUUGCAUGAGAAGCACAAGGCAAAGAAAGACCCGGAGAAUGCGCACAAGCACAAGAUUGAGGAAGAAAUUGCAGCAGCUGUUGCAGUUGGAUCCGGCGGGUACGCCUUCCAUGAGCACCAUGAGAAGAAAGAAGCAAAAGAAGAGGGAAAACAUCACCACUUUUAAUCUUCAGGCCCUUUACUAGUUGAACACUGUGGUCUGUGGUCAUGAUCACCAACUACCCUAAAUAAGUACUUGUGCGUUUGUUUUGUUUUGUGAAUCUCUCUGUUUCUUGACCUAGAGGAGAAAGGUGCUUUCUGGUUCUCCUCUCAUGUGAUGUGGACCAUUUCGUCAGUCAAUAAAAUUGUUUGAGAUGUUAAUUA